GGUGUGAGAGAGAGAGAGAGAGAGAGAGAGAGAGAGAGAGAGAGAAGUGACUGUAGAGUGAUGGGACCGGGCUGAGGGAACAGCAGCGAGUGAUCACUCUCCAAGCUCGUAAUGACAGCAGGUAGACAGAUGUGAAGGAUGACUUCUUGCUCAGAGAUCUGUGGGUCAGAGUAUGUUGAGCAAGCUCAAGCCAACGGGAAUUGCCAGCAGUAUGGAGUCCGCUCUUAUCUACACCAGUUUUAUGAGGAGUGCACAGCUUCUAUCUGGGAACGUGAUGAAGAUUUUCAGAUUCAGAGAUCACCUAGCAGGUGGAGCUCUUUACUCUGGAAGGUCUGUCUCGCGUUCGGCACCCUAAUCUUGUUUGCAGGCCUCAUUGUUGUUUUGGUGGGUUAUGCCACUCCAACCAGAUACGAGGCAUUUGGCGAGGAUGAUCUCCUUUUUGUUGACAGCCACGCUGUCAGUUUCAAUCGCGCACUGGAUGUGUGUAAGCUGACUGGUGCUGUGUUGUUCUGUGUGGGAGGCACCUCCAUGGCUGUGGGACUCCUGCUGUCUGCCUUUGCCAAAAGCUACUCCAAAGAAGAACUGUACCUGCAGCAGAAGUUUAAGGAAAGGUUGGCAGAUCUGCACGCAGUUGGUACCCCCAUAAUGAGAGCACCAACCCCCGGAGAGGGAAAGGUGCCAGUCACACUUUCCAAAGUCCAGAACAUCCAGCCAGUGACCACAAAGUCAGAGACCUGACAGAAGUCCAGAUGAAGGCGUAAAGUGAAGAAGUGUGUGUGAUGAGUGUUUUGGUGCGCAGACUGUGUGCGAGAGCGAACACGUGUAAGCUACGUGUGAAUUUCUUUCUUUUGAAAGGUCAGCUUACAUGUCCUGUAGUAUUGGUUAUUCAUCUUUAUUUGCUGUGUUUGACAUUGACACUUCAUUUUAAAGUUAUAUAGCAACAUAUCCUCACACCUAAACAACAUAAUAGGUUGAUUUUUACCCCAAACAACUCAUACGGCCGUUCUAUUCACAGCUGCGCGGUCACAUACUUCCGUUACAGUAUGUGACCAUUCUAUUUAAGGUAACAGGUGCCGUUUUAAACAUGUAGUAACCAUAGACAAUUUUCAACUAGUUAAGUUUAGGCAACACAAAUAUGUCGGGUUAGUAAAAAAUCAGGGAAUGGCUUAAAAUACUAAAAUGAGGACGUAACAUAGCGAUAUGGAGGUUAUUGCGAUUAAGGUCCAUACACCGAUAGGUAAAACCUAAAUUUCAUGAGAAAUGAACCCCAGUCUCCUGAGUGAAAGUCCUGUAUUUAUGUGACCCUAAUAGGAAACGUAAUAUUCGGCCGUUAUAAGCUACUUGCAAAAUCAGCCCAUGUGGUCAUUUUUUGGCUGAGCAAAGUUUAAGCUUUCUUUUUGGACAUCAAUUGUAUGAAAUGUAUAGUGAUCCAGUAAAGCGCAUGCAGGUCUUGACCCCUGCCCAGAAAACAAAACACAGAAACAAAUCGAUGGAACACAGCCGCUGAACAACAACAUCGUAGCUUCCACCGAGUAUUUUUUCUGUCGAGAGGAUUCACAUCUUGUAAAAAUGAUAGCGUUAAUGCUGGAGGGAGUAGAUCAGCAGAUGCAGUGUUGUUUGAAGUUAUUGGUGAUAGGCCCCUGUUGCCAGAAAAUGAUCAAAAGAAGCACUGAACAAAACAACCAUUAUCUAUGCCUAGUGUCUAAAAGGCAUCAGAGGAUGAGUUUCUAUGUGCUUUGUGUGUACAUGUAUGUGCAGCGCAACUUCAUCUCAACACUCAGUCAGAGCUGUCAGUCACAAAACGCACAGUAUACGUACAUAUUACAUAAUGUUUACAUGCAAUAAAAAGUCAAGAGCAGUCUGAACAAAUUUUCUGCUAGAAGUUCACACAUCAACAGAUUUGCGAAAAACAGAUUAGAGCAGACCUUCAGGGUAGAUUUAACACUGACAUUAUCUUCUGUCUUAUUGGGACUCUGACAUUGUCUCCCUCGGUGAAUCUUCAGCAGGAUUUAUAGACCAUACUAAACCAGACAGACUGAUGAAAAGUGCAUUAACCCUGACGGAAAAAGCAGAACAACAUAAUCUGUCAAUUAAAAAAACAAUCCUAAUCAAACAGAUUACUAUCAAGGUAAUACAAAUAAGGCAUUCUUAAUGCCUUCUACCUCUAAAAAAAUAUCUGUUUUUAAGCAUGCUCUUCCUUUCUUUGUCUCUUUCUCUUCCUUUGAGAAAGAAAAGCAUGUAGACACACACCUAUCUGACCAAGCAUGUACAUUUUUUGCAGUUGGUAGUCGUGAGUUAGAGACGUGCAGGUGCUGCUUGUUGAAAUGAAGACCAACCAUGUGACAGAUUAUACAACACAACAAGGGGAUAAGGAGAGCUCUCCAGUGAGAUCACACAUCAGCUACAUGUGUUUGACAGCGCUCAUUGUUUACAGUCUGUCUGGAUUCACUGAUGCUUUCAACAAUAACUGCCUUCCUGUGCUCAAACACAAAACUUGAAACUACAUUAAGCUGAACAGCAUACAGCACUUAUGUACCACUAAAGCUUUUUUUUAUUUUUCAAUUGGUUGCAUAUUCACUUGCGUAUUAUGUAAGAAACAGAAGUUACAUCAAUAAGGUUUUUAUUUUAUCUAUUGUAUUCAAGCUUGCCACUCACAGGCGCUUCAUCUUUAAUUUACAAGCACAAUAAGCUAAAAAUUGCCAUGUUUUUCUGCUUUUUAAAAAUGCAGUGGAUUUGGAAAAUAUUUUUUUAACUAUUGCCACUUUAAAUUUUUAUGUUUGUUGUUGCUUCUUGUUUAGUUGUUUUGUAUCUUUUCCCAACACCUUUGUACCUAAACCCCAGAAAGGGUAGAUUGUGAAGUAAUGAUUGUCAAAACAUUUUUAAGCGUUCUACUGUAUUUAGCGCUGGGACAAGCCCUCCUGUGGCUGUAUGCAACACCUGACGUGAACUUGUGACCCCAGUGGCACUUCUAUUUAAUGUAACGUCCAAAGUUUUAAACACGUAGUUAAAAUGGAUUAAGUUAUGUUUAGCUAGGGCUAGUGCAACAUCAGGAAGUGGAUCCAAACCAGUUAAGUAAAACUACUAAAGUGACAAUGACCAUACAUACCUUCACGGAAUUAGGUCUGUAAAAGUUAAAUUUUUGUCAAUUUGACUUUUUGACUUUUGGUUACAUGGGACAUGAAACCAUGUCUGCUGAAGGAAGGUUGUGUGUUUAGCUCACCCAUCCACAAGACUGUCCUCCGCUAAAAAAAAAAAAAAAUGGAAAAUUGUGCAUAAGGAGGCAAGUCGGGGGGGAUGAGUUAAAUAAAUACAGGAUUUCUACACAGGAGACCGGAGCUUGUUUAUCAAUGAGAUUAAAAAUACACAGCAAUUUUCUUUAACUUUACAGAACAAACUGAAAUACGUCACGCUCUGAGUCAGGUGGGUAACCGGAAGUGAAGUAGCGCAAACCACAAUCUUUUUCUGAACUUAAGUUUUUGUCUAAACCUAACCAAACUGUGAUGGUUUAAAAUCACUAAAAAAAAAGUAGUACAUAGUACACCAUUCACACACAAUUAUAGACUGUGGCGAGGCUGCCAUACAAGGUGCCACCUGUUCAUCAGGUAAAGCACAGCAUUGGAGGCAACUCUGGGUUCAGUGUCUUGCCCAAAGACACUUCGACAUUGGACUGCAGGGCCAGGGAUCAAACCACUAACCUUCCAAUUAGUAGGCAAGCGCUCUACCACUGAGCCACAGCUGCCCAAAAUAAACAUAUAGAGUAUGUGUAUACUUGCUUGGAACAAUUUUUUUGUGGUAGUCACAGUCCAAGUGCCAUCAAGCUACAUGCCUCCAACUGUGCACCAAUGCUGCAGGUCUUUCCAAACAUUGUAUCCCCUUCAAAUCUCUAAAGCAACAAUGCAAAAUACAUGAAACGAUACAGGUUAUGUAUGAACACGUUAUAUAAGCUAUAAAAGCUAUUGCUAUGCUAGCCAUCUAUGUUCAUGUAAGGUGACCUUCUAACAUCCCAAAACCUUCUCUCUGUUCUGUGAUGUAAUUUCAACACAUUUGGUCUCAGAUACAAAACAAACAUGUAUAACUAUAAAGAACAAUAUACUGAUAAUGAAGACAUGUUCAAGGAAUUUACACAACCACUGUAAAGUUCCAAACCUACAGUAAAAGAAGAAAAACCCAGCUGUUAAACAAUCUGUUAUGAACAAACCAGUGGGGUCCGAGUGUUACAAAGUGAUCAAUAAAUGUGCUAACUUGUAGUUUCACGCUAUGAAUUGUGAGUUUAUUUUUAUCCUUACAUUGACCAAACAAUCCCAAAUCCAUUAUGGGAUUAUAGAGUGUUGAUUCAACACUCGAUAAUAACAUCACUAUCAAAUGGUAAAUUGAUAAUUAGUUCAAUAAUAUAGUUAAUAUGUUUAAUUGUCAAUGGUGAAUAAUUGUUUUGUGAACCACCUAUAAACAUUAUCUGGAUGAAUGUUAUAAAGUUGCGACUGCAAUGCUUCUAAUAGAUUAUUUUCAAAUUGACUAAUGAUCAAUAAGUGGGUAAUAAAGCACCAAGUAACAUUAAUUUAGACCCAAUUCAUAUUUUUUCGUAAUCAAAGAAAGAGAUGAUUAUGAAAUAUAUUCCUGCACUGACUAGUGAUCGCUAUUUAAAUAAUGCAAUGCAAUUAUUAAGCAUUAACAAGGUAUUAUAAUCAUCAAUUGCAACUUUAUUAUAGCCAUCCAAAUAAUGUUUAUCAACAAAUUACAAAUGAUUUCUUAAAAGUUUACAAAUAAUUUGGUAAUCAUUAACAAAUACUUAAUAUGAUAUGUAAAAUGGCGUAUGUGCUACAAUAAAAAGUUAAAAUAAUUGUUGAAUCACUCAUAAUUAGUAAACAUUUUUAAGAAUUUUGUAUUGUUUGUUAAAUAAAUAAAUAUUAAAUUAACAAUUAACUUACCAAAUAUUAAUGAUGGUUAUUAUAGGGUUACCGUGGAUUCUCCUAGUAAA